AUGCUUCUGGCUCCCCGACCUGCGGUCGAGAGCGAUAACAGAACCAAUUUCAAUAAAGAACCUGCGGAAGUCUUGAUAGAUCGGACUACAAGCAACUGGCCCCACAAGUGGACGAGUUGUCUCUUAUGGCGAACAGCCUUGAUACUUUUACUUGCUUCAGGUCGCAGAAUUCAUGACCUAACCCUCCUGGAUGACUAUCCAGAGAAUCUUAUUUUUAAAGAUAAUAAGGUAAUUCUGUGGCCUAGAUUUGGGUCAAAGACUGACAAUCAAGUACACAGAGAAUCAGGUUGGUUGCCGCGGAGGUAUCCAGAUCCUCAUGUUUGCCCAGUCAGACACAAUAAGGAUCUUAUAAUUAAAUCUCAAAGUAGAAGGAACUCAGAUGCCAAUAUUGAUACCCUCCAGGCAGUAUCAGAUCAGUUGUUGCCUCAAGGAGCUGAUUUGAGAAUAGACCUGUACAGGAGAUACUUAAUAGAGGAAACUGGAAAAGCAUUGAGACAUUCAGAAAGUUUUACUGUCGGCCAG